CUAUUUUUUGAUUGGUUAAGAAAAUCCCCGCCCUAGCACAAAGCAUACUGUGUGCUGGUGAUAUUUUUGUUGAUAUUUUACACAUAUUGCAAUGAUUCGUAAUAUAUUUGAGACUGUACUUCGAGAAAAACACGAAUGAAAUAAACAGAGAAGCAAAAUGGUCGUUCAACAUGUUCAAACAGGGACGAUGAAUGUGUGCAGUAGCCCAGGUGAGAGGGAUGCAGUGGAGACCUUGCUGUCCAUGGGGAAUUCUAUCUGUGUCGGCAGUAGUGACGAGAGCUCCGGUUUCUCGGAGGACGACACUCGGUUCACCCCCUCCCCCACCACAUCACUCCAGUCUGACGAGGAUUCCAAUUCAUCUGAUCCCCCCAUUUUCAGAAGGAAUUCAAAACUUGCUAGGCUCUUGCUGGAGGAUUCUUCAGACUUUCCAUACAAACCCAUCAUGAGGAGUCAGCAGAUGCCGGCAGCUAUGGUGCCUAACUAUCAACUUGCCAGAACAGGUGCAACAAGUAAUCCAUCACGGAUGCCUGAAAUGUUCAUUGACUCUUCAAACAUCCCAUACCCUCCUCCAAAUAAACAGAAACUUCAUGUCAAGAGGCCACCACCCAUUUUAAAGAAAACACAGCCAGAGGCUAAGAAACAGAAAACUUGUGACACUGACUCAUUGCUAGGUAUCAAGCCCAUAACUGACCAACAGACUGAAUCACAAAGCAGUGCCACCAUUACAGUUAAAUCACAAGAAAGCCCCACCAUUUCAACAUCCACUAUCGCUACGAUUCAGAACUUAAAUACAGCAGCAAAUCCCCCCGUGAUUCAAGUGAUCAUUGUGAAUAACCAAACAGUUGAAAAUGACAAGAAUGCCUGGUUAAAUAAACUCUGUCCCAUUGCCCCGGCACCACCACCGAAUAAUUCAUCAGAAGGAGCAGUACAAGACCAGGGGCUGGGAAAUAGGCGUAGAAGCCAUUUGUGUAUGUAUAAAGACUGUGGAAAGACUUACUUCAAGAGCUCCCACUUAAAGGCCCACCUCAGAACACAUACAGGAGAGAAACCAUUUGUGUGUCUGUGGGAGAAUUGUGAUAAGAAAUUUGCCCGGUCCGAUGAACUUUCACGUCACAAGUACACGCAUACGGGGGAGAAAAAGUUUUUUAUCACAAUGGUCCUGCAUACGCCCGAUAUUGACAACCCCGGGGAGAGAGAUGCAGUGGAAACUCUUCUGUCAAUGCGGAACUCCUCGCACAUCCUCGGUCUUAAUGAUGAUGGAUCAAACACGUCUGAAGAAGACACCCUGUACUCCCCUUACUUCCGUGGCUCACCACUGCGCAGUCCGCGAUUUUAUGGUGAUGAUGACUCCUCGUCUUCUUUCCAAAAUUAUCCCAAAUUUAGACGGUCACCCAAACUUGCUAGGCUAUUACUGGAGGACCCAGACGACUUUGACAGAGAAAUGAUGCGUUGUCAACACGUUUCGGUCAUUGUGCCGAAUUACCAUCUUGCUAAAACUGGGGCCACUUGCAAUCCCUCAAGAUCACCCGAGAUGGAAAUCGAUUCUUCAAACGUACCUUUCCGUCCUCCACCUCAGUUGAUGAGGGACAGUGUCUCCUGUAAACGAAAGUUCCCAUCACUAGCAUGCCAUGAUGAAGACGAUUAUUUGGAAAAUGUCACAAAAAGGAGGAGAGGAGAAAAGAUAGCAACUUGCCCAACAAAAAGAAAAAUUGGCGACACUGCGGCUAGGGAGGGAGUCACCAAAAAUGGCCAAGUAUCUUCUUUAACAGAUGAAGAGACGGAAGUUUCAAUCAACAGACCGGAAGAGGAACAGAUUGCAAGGAAAAAGACAAAAUUACUAGAGGAAAUGCUGACAAUUGAAGAGAUACCCAAAACGAAUGAGUCAACUGCUUCCACCUCUAACAACCCAACUGACAAACCUGAACCUCCAAAGUUGCGUCCCACAGCAAUAUUACCAGCUCUUCCAAUCAUUCAGGUGAUUAUUGUGAAUAACUCUUUGGACAAUCAACAUGUCAACAACAAAAACGUGAAACUUAAUAAAUUUUGUCCAAUUGCGCCUGCGCCUCAAAGUAAAACUAAAAGUGCAGGAGAUGUUAUGAAUUCAAAGGGAAGCAGCAGACGACGCAACCAUGUUUGUCACCAUGAGAACUGUGGAAAGUCUUACUUUAAAAGCUCACACCUGAAGGCACAUUUAAGAACACAUACAGGGGAGAAGCCCUACAUCUGUAAAUGGGAGAAUUGUGAUAAGAAAUUCGCCCGGUCAGAUGAACUGUCACGUCACAAGUACACCCACACGGGGGAGAAAAAGUUUGUAUGCAGUCACUGUGAGAGACGAUUUAUGAGGAGCGACCACCUUGCCAAACACAUGAAAAGACAUGCAAAACCUCCUUAGCAUCUUGUGAUAAUGGAAAUUAUCUAGUGGACCAAAUUAGUCACAUUAUAAUUGUUGUUGUUGAAAUUGCUAAUUUAUUUAAUUUAUUUGUUUUUAAUUUUAUACUGCUUGAUAUGCAUGUUAUUUUGAUUAACAGGGUAUUUAAUACUUAACAAUUUAUGCAAAUGCUGUCCUAUAUUCAGUUAUUUUCAGAAAGGAUUGCUGAAGGUUCAUAAUAAGUAUGCUACACUGUGGAUUUUUUUUUUCGAAGAAUUGUAAAAUUAAACACAUUACAUAUGUAAUCAUGCCUCAUAUCAAGGUUUCUGUCCAUUAACAAAACACGCAAGCAGUAAGCAACCAUGCAUGUCAAUUAUCUUUAUCAUACAACUAUAAGCGAAAUAAUAUUUUUUGAUGUAUUUGUUAUUUUUUAAAAUAAAAUAAAGAAAACAUA